CGUUAUAUUAUAUGCAUAAUAACUCAUUUACCUUAACGCUUUUCGAUUACAGCUGGGCCGGCCACUAGUAAACGCAGUAACCGGGGCGUUUGAUUAUAUAAACUACCCAACCCCAUAUAUGAGCUUUUUGCCUUUUGUUCUAGAUCCCGUCUGUGAUGAAUGCAACUUCUUUUUAUUAUAUUAAAGUGUCAUCUAUUUCGGCUGACCACCCGUUGAACCAUGCUGGCAAUCAAGCAAUAUCAUCUUGCCGUAGUCGUGGUCCACUGGACACCGCUCUGCGUCGGAAGAUAUAUCGGCAUCCGCGGGCCGGCAAAGUUUCAACGUUUCUUGCCCGUUUUGAGCGAAUCUACGCUCUAUGACGUCAAUAAUGAUAUAUGCGCCGCCACUCUAGCCGACUACAUGAGCGCCUACAACGAUCCGGUGGUA